AUGAACGGCUGUCACACCAGCGCAUAUACCUGGAAUUUCCUACUCGCAACGGCGGGGGUCGUGGCCGCGCAGUCUGGCAGCGACUCUCGCUCCUUUGCCGCAGCAGUUCAGAAUAUCAAUGGCAUGAGCUCCAUAUUCUCGCUCAUCCCCGUCCUCACAGGCAAAGUGCAGAACAUUAAGCUCAUCGCGGCGCGUACAUUCCCAGGCUCCCUGGCACUGGCGGGUCUCGGUGCGGGGCGCGUGCUGACGAAGCUGCAGGUGGGCAUGUUGCUCUUCAGCUGCGAGCUGUACCGCAAUGUCGUGGGCGAGUUCUCGUACCGUCACAACGAAUAUGUCAACGUGUUCUCCCCGAGCCUCAUCCAUAUUCCCACCGGCACCCCGGAACGCCAUGCGUCGAAUGUGAUCAUUAAUCAUAACCCGUCUGAGGAUUGUAUGGUCGAAGCGUGGUUCCAGACGCAAGGACGCCCUGCGCAGGUGGAGCUGUACCAGACAGGCAAUGAACGGACCUUCCUUGGCAUGCUCGUGUACAUGCUGAUCUACUCCAUGGAGACGUUCCUCGGUCUCCGCACAGCAGCUACUAGGACAAGGCUAGUUUUGAUAGGCAUGCAGGCCACUGCUGCACUGUCUUGGAUGUGUGCCGUUUGUAUCCUGUAG